CAUAAAUACAUAAAUACAUACUUAAACACUCACACAUACACAGUUUUAUCCUUUUUGAUAAUACACUCCUUUAUAAAAAGUAAUUUAAAAGGAAAAAUAAAAGAAGAAUAACUAACAUAUUGGCACUAUUUUCAAUAAUAUAUGCAAAGUUCAUAAGGUAGAAAUUUUAUAAGCAAAAAUCCAAUAGGAGAAGAUUUUUUAUAGCAAUUGUAGUUAGAUAAUCUGCCAUAGCAGUUGCUUGAAAAAUAAAGGGUUUAAAAUUAAUAAUAGUAGUAUUAGCAGAAUAGCGGUUCUUUAGUUAAUAGCAAUUUUAGCUCCCAAUAAUAAAAACCUGGUUAUACAUCGAAAAAGUGUAAUUGUAAACAGUCUUAAUGCAUCAAAUUGUAUUGUGAAUGUUAUGCUGCUGGAGUUUAUUGUAAUGGAUGCCAUUGUGUUAGCUGCAAGAAUAAUGAUUAAUCAGAAGGAUGGCGUAAUUAAGCAAUAUAAAAUACUCUCGUAAAGAAUCCUACAGCCUUUCUACCUAAAAUUAGUUAAAAGCAAGAGACCGCAUCAAAAGUUGUUGAUCCUUUAAAUUUAGGCAAACAUAACAAAGGUUGUGCAUGCAAACGUAGUGGCUGUAUGAAAAAGUAUUGUGAGUGUUUUUAAGCUGGAGUACCUUGCUCUGAAAAUUGCAAAUGCACUGACUGCUAAAAUACAGGAUUUGUUUCUCAUGGAAAUUUGCUAAGAUAAUUUAGAGAUGAUGAUUCCUACAAUUCUUAAAAUUAGAUUUUACAUAAAUUUUUAUUAGCCCAUAAUGAAGAACAUCUAACCAGUAUUUUAGGUGAGAAUAAUGGAGGAGGAGAAUUAGGAUUCUAUAAAAAGGGAAUACCAAUAAAAACUGAAUUUAUUGAGGAAUCUUGCAUGAAAUUACUAUAAAUAUUACACUUACCAGAUGAAGAUAUUUUUAGGCGUAGGGAUUAAUUAAUAUUGGAAAAAUUCAAUAAAAAUCUUAAUCAUUCCAAUUUAAAAGAAGAGUCUUAAAUGGAAAACAUCACUUCUUUGAAAAAAGAAGAUAGAAUUCUCAAAACUCCUCCAUAAAAAUCUAAGAGACCAGAAGGGACUAUGGGAGAAGAAGAGGGAUAAAAGAGUGGAGACCACUAUAAUAAAGAUACAAGCUGCGAUAUUGAUUUAGCAUGUUAAGAUGAAAAUAUGGAUGAAGAAGAAGAUAUAGUAUAGAACAAAUAAAAUCAUCUUCAUAAAGAAGAUGAGGGUGAUAAUAGUUUAGUUAAAGUUCAAAAUGAGACAUUGCUCAAGGAUAGUGAACUUUCAUCAAUAAAUAAGGAUAAUAAUGAAUCAUAGACAGAGUCAACAGCUGUAACGUCGUCUAUAAAUAAAUCAAAAAGCUUCUCUUAAAAAUCCGAUUCUAAUAACAUUUAAAAUCUAAAUUAAGACAGAUAAAAAGAAGGAGAUAAGAUUAAUAGUGAGGAGCAAGAAGGUUAAAUGAAAAUAGAAGAAGAAAAGAAAGAAAUGAUUGAAGAAGAAGAAUAAAAAUAGAAAGACAAUCUUAAUAACGACAAAAACUCAGAAAAGGAAAAAUUGUAAAUAGAAUCAGAAGAAUAAUACGAACAAGAACUUUUGAAACAAAAAAAUGGAAUUUCCAAUUAAGAAAGCAGUGGAAAUGAAAUGGAAAUCGAAUGCCAUUCUUCAGCUUUAAAAAGAAAAUAGGAGCUCUAUGAGAUCAGAAGGUCUUUUAUUCUGGAAACUUUUAUCGAUUUACUUAGACAUGUUGAAUAAACUAUUUGA